CAUUCCAAUAUUGAUAUAUAUUAUUUUAUCUACAAUACUCUGCCGAUCUAAGCAAUAUAUAUUUCUGUACAUUGAAACUGAAAAAUGUGGGUGCUUGUGAUGAGUCUUAUAGCCAUUAUUACCAUUAUGGUAAGUCACUGGGUUUAUAGAUGGCAGAACCCUAAGUGCAAUGGAAAGCUGCCUCCAGGUUCAAUGGGUUUCCCUAUUAUUGGGGAGACUCUUGAGUUUUUCACUCCCUAUUCUUUGUACGAUAUACCUCCUUAUAUUAAAAAGAGAAUAACAAGAUAUGGGUCAUUGUUUCGGACAAAUUUAGUAGGAGAAAACAUAGUUAUUUCUACAGACGCUGAAUUCAAUUACCACAUAUUUAAGAAUGAAGGAAAGUCUUUCCUAUUUUGGUACCCAGAGAGUUUCACUAAAAUCUUCGGCGGCCAAGACAUCUUGACUUACCAUGGCAUGGUUCAUAAGUAUCUGAAGAACUUGGUUCUACACCUUGUUAGCCCUGAAAACUUAAAGGCUAAAUUAAUGCCUGAAAUGGAAGAAAUGACUCGCACACAUCUCAAUUCUUGGACUCACUGUGGCACUACUGUAGAUAUAAAAGAAGUUUCCUCAAAUAUGCUAUUUGAAUAUUUUGCUAAGAAGAUCUUUAGCUAUGAUGACUUAGAGGGCACAAGGAAACUAAGAGAGAAUUUUUCUGCCUUCCUAGAUGGCCUUAUUUCAUUUCCACUCAACAUUCCAGGAACUGCUUUCCAUGCAUGUUUACAGGGUCGAAAGAAUGCAAUAAAAGUGAUGAAACAGAAAAUUAGGGAACGGAAAGCAGCGAAUAAGAAAUAUGGUGAUUAUUUGGAUCAUUUGCUGGAGGAAGUAGAGAAAGAGGAUACGAUUUUAAGUGAAGAGAAGGUUGUCAACUUGGUGUUUGCGCUUUUCUUUGCUGUUUAUGAGAUCACUUCUAGUGCCAUUACAUUAGCUGUGAAACUCAUUUCUGAGCAUCCUCAAGUUCAUGCUCAACUAGCGAAAGAGCACGAGGCUAUUAUUAAAAAUCGUCAGAGCAAGAAUUCUAAUAUUACAUGGCAGGAAUAUAAAUCUAUGACCUUUACACAUAUGGUUAUCAAUGAAACAGUUAGGCUUGCAAAUAUUGUGCCAGCAAUCUUUAGGAAAGUUAUAAAAGAUGUUGAGAUCAAUGGAUAUACAAUUCCAGCAGGCUGGUUUAUUAUGGUUAUUCCAUCAGCUGUUCAUUUGAAUCCUGAUAUACAUGAUGAUCCCCUCACUUUUAAUCCCUGGCGUUGGGAGGGAAAGCAAUUACAUAUAGGUUCUAAGACUUUCAUGGCUUUUGGUGGAGGUGUAAGAUUUUGUGCAGGAGCUGACUUUACAAAACUACAAAUGGCCAUAUUUCUUCAUCAUUUAGUUUCAAAACAUAGGUGGACAAUAGUGAAAGGAGGAGACAUCAUUCGAAAACCUGGCCUGGGACUUCCAUGCGGCUUACAUCUCAAAAUCUCACAAAAGCAUGGCGAAGCUUAAUAACAAAUUAAGCAUAAUAAUCAAGCCUAUUUUAGAAAACCAUUUUAGUAUUUUAUUGUGUGUCUUGGAACCAAUUUAAUAUCUUAUUUUUUACUUAAAACUAUACAUAUGGUAAAUUAAUUAAAAAUUGUACUUUUUCACUAGUUUUGAUUUUAAAAUAAAAAACUUAUAAAACUAUGUUUUGAAUCUAAAAAAAAAAAGAGUUUAGAACAUAUUUAUAAAAAAAAAUUAUUAAAAAAAAUAUUUCUUAAAAUUGGUGGAAAUAAUGUACAACUUUAAGUUGAUUUAUCAUAUACAAAGUAUUAAAAUAUUGUUACUUAAAUCAAUACAAUAAAAUAGGAGUUUAAUAGUUAUAUGGGGAGACAUUGAAGACAUUUAAUGUCUCCUACCAGAGGAAACGUUGUCGAAUGAGCCAUCAUAAGUGGUCCUACGAUAACUCUCAUAUGAAGACUUUGUAGACAUCCAACGUCUUCCCUGAGAGUCAUCAUAGGGUGUACGGUUUACACCCUACGAUGACUCCCAGGGAGACAUUGAAUGUCUACAAAGUCUCCCAUUGGGAGUCAUUGUAGGGUACCUAUAACGUCUCGUUUUGAAAGACUAUGUAUACAUUCAAUGUCUCAUAUCGCAAGUCCUCAUUGGUUUUUGUAUUUUUUUAAAAUAAAAAAUAAUAAUUAUUUUCAUUAUAUUAAUUAAUAGAAUUAAAUAUAAAUUUUUUUAAAAUAGAAUUAAAUAUAUUAAUUAAAAAAUCUAAAUUAUAUGCAAAUUUAAAUUGUGAAUUUUCAUUAACAAAACUGAAAUAUGUAUAUAAUAUGUUUUAGCUAGAUAAAUAUACAAAAAUGUAAUAUUUGUUGUUAAACAUACAAAAUUAACAAAUAUUACACUAUCUAGCUAGACAUAUAGUAAGAAAGAACAAGUAAACAACAACAAAAACCUAUUUGGGACGAUGACUUUGAACUAUCGGUAGCAUAUGGUUCGUCCAAUGUUAUCGCAUUUCAUUAAUCUGUGCUGGUGUAUAUGGUGUAGUGUUUAACUACAAAAUAUACAAAGUAGAAUAUAUUAGUUAACUAUUAUAUUUGAUUAUAUAUACUUUAAUAAUAACUAAAUUUUUAACUUUUUAUAAAUUUAUAUACAUACCUAUUUCUUCAAGUAACGUCCAGGUUAUGAAUGUUCAAUGUUAUCCUUCAACAUCCUUAUCACAUAAUAUUCACAUGUCACAUUGUCUGAUUGGUGUGAACACUAAUAUUUAAAUAAAAAGUAAAGCAAUUAAUAUGAAGAAUAUUAAUAAAAUUCAAGUAUAGAUUUUCAAAAUAAUUAAAGUUGUAGUUACAUACUUUCAGUUGCACAAUUUUUAUAUUAUUUGGAAUCUCUGGAGGUUUUGGUAGACUGGUCAGAAAAAGGUUGAAAGCAUUGACUAUUACUGCCACAAUUUCUUCACGGUUUUCCAAUUUUGAGUUCACCAGAUCACAACAACAAACGUAAUAUGCAUAUGGGGCCAAUAAUUUCAACAUCAAAUGCUCAUUCCACAAGAAAAACAAUACUAUAUAUAAGUCCAAUGCAAAUGUUAUAAGGACUAAGUAUCUAACAAUAACAAUUUUUUUAACUUACCCAUGGUUCCAAGGGACAAGUAUAAGUUGCUCAUUUGAUCUUAAUUGAUGACAGCGCUUGAACAGACCUUGAACACGAUGAACUUCCUUUAGUGGCUACAACAUUAGGAUUGACAAAUAAAAACUUAUUUGGCUGCCCUUGUUCUACCAAAAAAUUGUUUAACAACCUAUUAAGAAAAAAGUCAAAAAUGUAAUUAAGGAAAUUUGUUGUUAAAAUAAAUUAAAUAAGAAAGGUUAAUUAAAAAACUUGUGCAAUACCUCAUGUAGCAAACGACAACUCCUUGUCCAAUCUUUUCCAUUCGAAUAAUUUGAAGUAUGUCAUCUUUGCAUACGUAAAGACUUGAUAUAUCUUGAUUGAAUACAUCCUCAUCUAUGCCUGGAUUGACACAAUCGUUGUCAUCCCAACGAGAUGUAAUAUUGUAUAUCUGUUCCAAAUGACUAGUGUCUUGUGUCAGAGGAUCACUCAAACAUUGUAUCUCGUGGUCAUUGUGUUGAAUGAGCAAUUGGUUGUUAUGAUCUA